CUUACUUUGUACCAGAGACAGACCGGUGUCCUUGUAUUUGUCAGGCCAAGCUAGAGAAACAAGGCCAACGCCUGCAGUGUAAACUGAGCCAUGUUUUGACGGUGGCACAUGUAGGUGAGAAGGCCAAUGCGAAAGGAAAACAAUUCGUGCUUGACGCGCUUGAUUAUGGCUCGUUUGGGGUGUGAAGUUUCUUCGCGGUCGCUUCCAACGCUCCAGUCGUUGCUGGUAGCAAUAGUGUAUUCGGUAGUAGUAGUUCUCGGAUGCGUCUCCGUUUGCUGUUCACAACAGUGUCCGACCGGUUGCGACUGUCGCGAGGCAAGCCUCUACUGCAAUGCCAGGCACUUGCGAGACUUCCCAGCGGCGGACAAGCUCCCCGCCGGCCUGACCUUCGCGACAUUUGCUCAGAACAACAUCUCCACACUGGAACAGGCAGUGUUCAUACAACAAGUGGACAUAAUUGAGCUGCACCUGGAACAGAAUCAUCUGACAUCCUUGUCAAGUGGUCAUUUAGUGGGCCUGGCUCGACUGGAAAAGCUGUUCUUACAAGAGAACUUCCUCAGUCACCUAUCAACUGGCACAUUUUCGGUGGUUGGAAGUCGACUGAGCGUCUUGUCCUUGAAGAAGAAUCGCCUGGAGCUCAUCGACCACUCCAUACUCUCAGGAUUGCCAGUACUGGAGGAACUUGAUCUAUCAUGCCAGCAAGCCGGUCCUCUACGCAUCCAGCCAUCAGCAUUCAACGGGCUGACUGGCCUCAAGAAAUUAUUGCUUGGCUCGAACCAAAUAUCUGCUAUUCCGACACCGGAUUUCAUCAUCAGCAACUUGAACAGCAUCCAGGAAUUAGAUCUCUCAGACAAUGCAAUAACGUCGGUUGGUGAUGGUGUUUUUACUGGACUACGCACUCUGCAACGACUCAACCUGAGUGGUAACUCGUUUUCCUCUCUGAAUGAGUUUUCCUUCAGCGGACUGUCUAACCUCAUAGAGCUGAGUGUCUCCGACACUGGCAUAUCUGUGAUUGACAGCAGUGUAUUGGGUCGGUUGCCGGCUUUACAAAAACUGGAAGCAAGUAAUAAUCUUCUCUCAGAUGUGCCCGAGGAUGGCUUGAAGGAAGUCCUCCUUCUCCAGACACUAGACUUGAGCUGGAACAACAUCUCUGCAGUCAACGCUACUGCUCUUCAGCUGAGCGUCAACCUGACCACACUGAACCUGACAGACAAUGUGAUCACGCGAAUCAACAGUCUUGCGUUCGGCAACACCACCAUCCAGACAUUUACCCUGUCCUGUUCAUUGUUUUCAGUUUGCAUCUUUAAUCGACCCGAGUGA